AUGGCAUCUGAAGAUGUCAGUCGGCGGGGUACGAUGCUAGUGACCUACAAUUCUGAGGUGGGCUUUUCGGAAUCUACCACUGGUGGGAAAUUGCUACCCAAGAAAGAAAAGCCAAAUGGGGCAGUGAAAUUGAAGAAGUCAAUCGCAAAGAAGGCAAAGGAUACCGAAAGCAACGGUGGUAGUACCUCCCCCAACUCCCCGAUGAUCAACGGUGCUUCCAAGAAGCCGCCCGAGGAUCGACCUGUUUGCAGACACUGCAAGAAGUCAUUCGACCCCGCACAACUCGAGUCUCACACCGUGGGCUGUCUAGAGAAGAAAAAGGAAACCGCAAGACUGAAGAAAGAGCGGAAAGAGGUCAGGGCUAGAGAAGCUGCCGAAAGACUACGGGAUCAGCAACAGGCAGGAGAAAAGGACAAGGAUGGUGAUAUUGUAAUCGGAAGCGCAGGCGGUCCAUCAGCCAGCCAGGACGGCGGUGACGCAGACAAAGCCAAGAGCAAUGGCGACAUUAGUACGGGCGCGAAAAAGCCGCCCCGCAAAACCGCUUCUAAAGCGCAACCAGGCGACAAAAUUACCAACAAGAAACGCAAAGCAGACGGCGAGGAUGCUGAAAAGGAGCCCAAAAAGAAAAAGGCCAAAAAGGACGAUACAGAAAAACAAGCCCCAAAGCCGAAAGUGACCAAACCGCGCGGUCCCGUCAACGUGGAAACACAGUGCGGUGUCCCCUUGGGCGAAAAAGGUGGAUUCUGCGCGCGCUCCCUAACAUGCAAAUCACAUUCCAUGGGUCUCAAACGCGCUGUCCCCGGCCGCUCAGCACCCUACGAUCAGCUGCUCGCUAUGUAUCAAAAGAAAAACCAGGCGAAGCAGCAGAAGGCGCUGAUGGAUGCGCAAGCAGGUGCGCACCCGCAGGACGAGGAGGAUGCGGAUGGGGCGAACCUGGAUAGUGAUGAGGAGCGGGAGGCGGUGAUGAAAGGCUUGGGAAGGUGGAGACCUAGGCCUCUCGAGCAGGUGAUCACAGUUGGGGUGGGCAGGCGCUACAAGUACGUGCGUUUAAAGGAGGCGCUGGGGAGUGCUCUCGCAGGCGGUGGAGGACGUGGAUUGUUUGGAGUUCCUGCCCCCGUGCCGACAACAAUUGGAAGCACAGAUGGUGGUUUUGCUAUUGAUGGGGUGGAGGCGGCAAUGGAAGGGCAGGGGAGGAAGGCAAGUUUUGCCAGCAGUGUGGGAGCGGGCCAUGGGCAUCCGCUACCGAAGGGUGUCACGGUCAAAAAGGGAAGUGUGGCUAGUAGCACCGGCGGGGCAUGA